CGAAGAGUCAGUCCGAUAAGACGUCACGAUGAAGGUCGCCGCCGCUCUGUCUUUCGCCGCCAUGUUGGUUGUUGUCGCCGCUCUUCCGCCUCCCUAUGGACCCGGAGGCGCCGGCCCUGCAGCAGGGUCUUUCAUGCCCUCGCCGGCCAUGAUCCAGUCCUUCAUCCCGACGCCCGAGGAGAUCAACGCCCUCGCGGCCAUUCCUCCAGCUCCUGGAGCCUUCGGAGCCUUCGGAGCCCCUGGAGCGUUCGGUGCCCCUGCCUUCGGUCCCGGGCCAGUGGCUCCUCCAACCUUGCCUCCUGCAGUGGCACAAAUGGUCAAGAAGUACCAGGCUGCUGCUGCUGCCUUCAUGCCCCCUGCCCCCGCCGCUGCCCCCGGAGCAGCCUGAAUUCAUUCUUGAUUAAGAUUUAAAUCGAUGGAGGUGUAUGUCUUGAGCCAAUAAAAUCAAAUUUAGCA